AUGGCGGCACGAAAACUUCAGCAAGAAGUCGACAAGUGCUUCAAGAAAGUCACUGAAGGCGUGGCAGAAUUCGAAUCAAUCUACGACAAGAUAGAGCAAUGCACAAAUGCUGCGCAGAAGGAGAAGUUGGAGGACAACCUCAAACGUGAGAUCAAAAAGUUGCAGAGGCUUCGUGAUCAAAUCAAGACAUGGGCUGCAAGUAAUGACAUAAAGGAUAAGGGUCCUCUGUUAGAUCACCGGAAAUUGAUUGAAACGCAAAUGGAAAAGUUCAAGGCAGUAGAGAAAGCUAUGAAGACAAAGGCAUAUUCGAAAGAAGGGCUGUCAGCGGCAGCGAAGCUGGAUCCGAAGGAGCGCGCGAAAAUGGAGACCGGGGAAUUCUUGGGCAACAUGGUAGAGGAACUAGAGCGCCAGAUCGAGACAAUGGAAGCCGAACGGGAAUCGAUAUCAGCAACAAUGAAGAAGGGGAAAACUCAAAGUGCCAAGGCCGAUAGGAUAGCAGAGCUGGACAACUCAACGGAACGACAUAAAUUUCAUCAAAAUAAGUUGGAGCUUAUCAAACGCUGUCUGGAAAAUGGUACUGUCGAGAUUGAGCAAGUCAAAGAUCUUGAGGAGUCCAUCAAAUAUUAUGUGACCGACAAUAUGAACGAUGACUUCAUGGAGGACGAGGAAAUGUAUGAUGAGCUCAACCUUGAUGAGGAAGAAGAUAAUUACGGCAUGAAUAAUGAUAAUGACCGGGUAUCAUCACAAGACACACAAUCGAUACAGGAGGAUGUACCAGAUACAGAUCUACGAUCCAAUAGUUUACCUGGGAAAUCGAAAUCAGGUUCAGAACCGCCUCUAGCUGCUGCACGAAGACCUUCUACGCAACUCAAAAGCCCUCUCCCUUCCUUGGCCACUUUACAUACCCCUCUAUCGACUUUGUCAACCAAUGGAAGCUCAAGUAAUCUUAUGAAACCAGCCGCGGUACCUACACGUGCCCCUGGAGAGACUUUGAAAUAUGCUUCGGCGGCGGCGGCGGCUGCUGCUAGUGAUAAGAAUGGCCUUGCUCCUUUGCCCCCUCCACCUGAAACUUUACCGACCCCCGCAACGUCAGUCAGUCACCCACCUUUAUCUGGAAGUGCUGGACGAAGACCGAGUGUGACGGCAUCUCCAACAACUAUACAUUCACAAACUGCAAGUGUAAAUCAGACACCUGUGACACGAUCCAGUGUUCCAACUACAGAUACGCCAUCAAGUGCCCAAGCUAAAUCUCCAGCUUUGAGUCAAUCAAGUGCUGCACCUAGUGGAGCUAGCGUGUCCCAUCCUGUUGAAAAAACAGAGAAUACGAGACCAAAUCUUUCCUCGAAUUCGUCAGGGAAGCAACCAGCCUUAUCUAAAACAGCAGAAGGAAAGAAAGCUGUUCCACCACAAUCGAAUGGUGUCUCGAAUGGGCUUAAGUCAAGUACACCAGAGAACACAGAAUCUGUAUAUCAUCUGCCUUCUGGAUUCCAGGAUAUGCUUCAAUCUUUUGACGUAAUUCAAAAGAGUGCCCCAGAUGUUUUAUCCACAGCAUCGCAGAGAAUGUUAGCAUCAUCCCAGGCUAGUGGUCCUGGCAUGUCAGACGUUUCGCCUCCUCGUAGCUACAAACCAGAAACCCCUUUCAACACUCCAUCAUAUUAUCCCCAAGACGUUCCGUCGGUGCUAGAUGACCCUAGGCUAUAUAACCGUAUAGAUGGAGAAACUUUGUUCUAUGUCUUCUACUACAAGCAAGCCACAUAUCAACAAUAUCUUGCAGCUAGGUCACUAAAAGAACAAAGUUGGCGAUUUCAUAAGCAAUAUCAAACUUGGUUCCAACGUCAUGAAGAGCCCAAGGAAAUUACUGAGCUGUAUGAGCAAGGAACUUAUCGUUUCUUUGAUUAUGAGAGCACAUGGAUGAACCGAAGAAAAGCGGACUUCAAGUUCAUCUACAAAUUCCUAGAGGACGAUGUAUGA